AUGCAGUUCCAAACCUUACUUGUCUCCGUCUUCCUCGGCCUCGCCGUCGCCGCGCCCCAGGACAUCGCCUUCCCCCAGGAGCCGCAGGACGGGGAGAAGACUUGCCAGUACGGCACGGCCAUCCCCGGCCCGAAGGGGACCUUUUGCAUCUCAACCAAGGGCUUCAACUUUGGCGCCCCCGGAUGCAAGUUCCCGACCUGCAACAAGAUGGGCGGCUGCGGCUGGCACCUCGGCGCCGACAACUGCCUGGAGUGCGACUGCGAGUGA